AUGUCACUUGAAUCAUCUCAGAAGAUUAUCGAUAUCCUAGAGAUUCUACACGAUCAAGGGUUACUAGGUAUAGAGCUCAGCCAUUUCGCAAUGUCGUGGACUGACUAUGAUGCAGAAACCUUCCUCCCCUGGGAUCUUGAUGCACUCUUUGUAUCAACUAUGGUCGUCAUCUUGACGCGUUUCAUCGACCCUAGUCUAAUGGACGACCAGAGGCCCUAUCUAGGCAAAGCCUACAGCUUCUUCAAUACCAUCAUGUCUAGCGGUAACCGUAUCGCAGGAUUUCGCAACGUGGAGCUCCGCAAGCUUGAUGAGAUGUUGGCGGAGUACUCCGAGAAUAGGGAGCGGCCAUUAACAUCACCUAACACUAUCGGUCUGGAACCAAACAUGCAACGUCCACUCUCAUUCCCUCCAGGCUAUCAAUCUGUAGCCGGUCUGCCGAAUUCGCAAGAUACGGUGCGCCCUCCAUCUUAUACAGGAAUCAGUGAUGAAGGGAGUGGAUUUGGUGAUGAUUUGACUGCCGAGCAAAUAUUGGCUGUAGCAGAGUCUAUGGACAUGGAAGGGACUGACUGGCUGUCUUUUGCAACGUUGGACGACUACCAGAUCAUUGAUCCGAACAUCUAA